GUCUCUUCUUCCAGCUGCAACCUCCAUCCCUAUUUCCUCCCAUUCAUGUUUGACAAAUGCAAUGUGAAAGAAGAGCGAGAGAGGCACAAGCUGAGGGAGGAGGAGUAAGAGGUGGGGAGAACUCACCGCCUUCUUCUAAUCAUCAUUUUCCUUUAGCCAGACCAGCAGCUCCCAGUAGACAUAUAGAGAAAACAGUGUGGGCUUCCUAAAAACUGCGCCGGUCCAGAGAAGAUGUUACGAAAAAGUCAUUAGAAGAUGCCUGUCCUAUACUGCGACCAAAACACGUCCUUGUGAGGCCACCGGGCACCUCUACAGGCAACAACAUCUGAUAUAAGAGGCAAAGAUUUGAAGACAUGGAUAAAUCUCCAUCCAAACCUUACUCAUCCAAGAAAAGGGUAAAAAUACACCCCAACACUGUGACAGUUAAAUACACAUCCCACUAUCCACAGCCUGGAGAUGAGGGAAAUGAAGAUACCAGUGAAGAAAAUGGGGGUUUUGUAGAGGAGAACCCUAAGAAACGAUUACUAGGAGAUGCAAAAAAGAAAGGAAGAACCUUGUUUGGAACUAUGGAUGCUCGCCCAAAACAGACGCAAGAUCCUGAUAACGAUCUUGCUCAGCAGUUACAAAGCUUUGCAGACAGCUCUAUAUUUCAAUCUCGGAAAAUGUGGGCAGUACUCUUUGGUUCAGCUAUGGCUCAUGGAUGUGUAGCACUUAUUACUAGAUUGGUUUCUGACCGUUCCAAAGUGCCAUCUCUGGAGUUAAUAUUCAUUCGUUCUGUGAUACAAGUCCUCUCAGUAAUUAUGGUGUGCUAUUAUAAAGAACCUCCUUUUGGACCUCCGGGGUACAGACUACGGUUGUUAUUCUAUGGUGUGUGCAAUGUUAUUUCCAUUACCUGUGCCUACACCUCAUUCUCUAUUGUCCCUCCAAGCAAUGGCACAAUUAUGUGGAGAGCAACCACCACUGUUUUUAGUGCUGUUCUGGCCUUUUUGUUGUUGGAUGAACACAUGCCAAAUGUAGACUUGAUCACUGUUGUUUGCAGUGUGUUUGGGGCAUGUUUGGUUAUGAUUCCAAAUAUUGUUAAUGAAGAGAACUCCUUUCUUGGUAUCUGGAAAGAAGCAUUUGGUUAUACUAUGACAGUAAUGGCUGGACUUACAACAGCACUUUCCAUGAUAGUCUACAGGUCCAUUAAAGAGAAGGUCAGCAUGUGGACUGCUCUUUUCACCUUUGGGUGGACUGGGAGUAUUUGGGGAGCCUGUACAAUGUUUGUCCUUCAAGAGCCUAUUAUUCCUUUAGAUGGAGAAACCUGGGGCUACCUUCUUGCAAUCUGUCUAUGUUCUACUGUGGCAUUUCUUGGUGUUUAUUAUGCGUUAUAUAAAUUUCACCCAGCCCUGGUGAGCACAGUGCAGCAUUUGGAGAUUGUUGUAGCGAUGAUCCUACAACUUCUUGUCCUACGCAUGUUUCCCAGUGCGUACGACCUAAUAGGCGGAGCAGUCAUCAUAAUCAGCGUCUUUGCAUUGGCUGGUUACAAACUGUACUUAGGAAGAUUGGGUAGACAAGAUUAUCAAGAAAUUCUAGACUCUCCCAUUAAAUGAGAGACAAUUUCUUUGGUUGACUGUCUUGUGUUUGUAACAAUGUUGCCUACUAUACAUUCCACCAAUGAAGUGACCAAUUUUGAGAUUUCACUGCAAACGUGGAGGCAGUAAUGAAAAAGGAAAAAUAUAGAUAUUAAAAUAUAUUUUACAUAAUUUAUUUUAUGUUACAUACAACUAGUCUAAUAUAACAAAUACUUUUAUCAGCUGCCUCAUUUAGGAGAAUUAUGUAAUUUUUUUAGGGCAUUAAAUCCUGAUGAGGUUGGUUACAACAAAAAAAAAAAAAGGUAUUUUAGGUUGACAUAAUGAACAUAUCUUUUGUUACUUAAUAACACAAACUCACUAAUUUUAUAAUCAUUAUAUUGCCUUAUAGUUGGAACACAUCUUUUAAUUCUAAUAGCUUCUAUGCAGGUCAGGCAGAACUAAAAGGCUUCAGUGGGAUCCUGGGACUUGCUACCUUCUUAAAAGAAACCUGACAAGGUUAGGGAACCAUAGAAGCUGCCAUUGCAGAGCUGUCCCCUGAAAAUGCCAGUUUCUGUCACAUUAACAUUACUACUUUAAUGUUGAACCACCAUCCUAGGACAUUUGUGGAUAAAGACUUUUUACAUAUCAUCAACUAACCUCCAUACUAUAUCCGAGUAUAUUUUUCUAAUGACGGCUUCACUUCUAGCUAUAGCAAGGCCAACUUCUAAAUUACUGUCAAAAAGCUUUCAGGUAAUUAGUGAGCUAAUUACAAAAUUGGGUUGGAACACAGGGCCAUCUAGUCUGACUACUGUUGUCCUGGUUGCAAGGAAAACUAAAUUUGAACAGUUACAGAACAUCAUAGCUAGCUGUAGAGUGAAUUGAAAAUGUACAUUUUAAUGGCAUUAAAGCACUUAUAUCAUAUAUUUUAAAUUAUAUUAUGAUGUAUUCAUUUUAUUAAGUCUGGAGUUUUCUCAAACAGUUUAAUCUAAAAUCUGGUUUGUUGCUACUACACAUCGUUAUUUUUAUACUUUCUCAUCAAAUGAGUUCCUUAUUGCAUAUUCAUAGAUUCUUCAAUGCUGUUAAUUGAAUCUUCAAGAAGUAAGCCACCACACACAUUCCCUUUUGACUUUUAUACACAGACUCUACACAAAAUGUGUUGUUCAUUGUAUGGUUAUAGUUAGUAUAGUUUCAUAUAUGAAAUCCUACAGAUUUAUUUUUUUGCUGCAUUCAAAACUUUGUGUUUCCAUUUUAUGUACCAGAUAAUGUUAUCGUAAUUCCUUUCCAAAAACACCAAAGUGGAGGAAACAUGAUUUUUUUUUCAAACACCAGAUUGUAAACUUUGUGACAUAUUUGAUGUGCCAAACAUAUUUUUUUUCUCAGAGAUACAGAGCGCUCAGUAAAUAGCAACUGUCACACAUGGAUGGCAGAUCUGACUUGAGGUUUAUGUUUUUGUCUUCUGCCAUACAGAGAAGGCACAUUGCAAUGUUGUUUAUAUGAUGUAUUUUAGGAAAAGUGUUUUAAAAGCAGGGAAGUGUUUUUUUUUUUUUGUGCACAUUGUAGCUUUAAAAAAUAGAACAGCAUUAGUUUUAUCUCAUGUUGGACAGAUGAGCAAAGAGUCUAUGCAGUACAACCCUCCUUCAAGUCUUUCGUGAAUACUAGUGUCAGUAUAUAAUGCUAGAUAUUGCCACGAAAAGCUUGCUUGGAUGGCCAUCCUCCUAUAAAUAGUAUUGGAUCAUUCAGGCCGGAUUCACACUGGUCCGACAAACGCUCCGACAUUGGGAGCUUAUGUCACAUGACGUGUGA